GCCAUUUGUUGAUCGAUGGAACGGUCCGUAUGAACUCCGACUAGCCGACACGCAGUCAGUCGUGCACGCAGCCACGCUGCCACACAGACACAUUACGCUGUUUCCAUCCAUCCAUCCAUCCACUCGCCCGCGUCUCGUUGGUCGAUGAGAUGCGACGUAUUGCUACAGCCAGUCCAUUCGCCCGCCCCUCACACAUGCACCUGUAUGUGUCUACACAUCGAUCUGCCUGCCGUGGCCACCUGGACAGACAGCCAGGGGGCCAACCCCCCUAGUCAAGUCUACAGCUAGUUGCCGCCCAACACCACAUGCGCAUCGGCUCCCAACACCUCACGCGCCAACCUCACUGUCUGCGGGAAUCUGGCUGCACGCUUCUUGCCAUCCACCGGACGCUCCGUCGUAUAGAGGCGGCUAGAGGCAAAGUUGGUGUGGGUGUAGAUGAUGAUGUGGGCCGCAAAUGUGUCGUGGGCUUCGCCACCGUGAAGCAGAAUCACCCGCUCGAAAUAGCCUGUUGCCGGUGCGUGGCUCGUGCUGAUGGUGCACCGGUCCCACACAGGCGGCGGCUGAGUGGCGAGCACCCGCCGCUGAAGAAAAAGGGACGCAUGGCGAUGAGUGAGUUGAGUGAGUGUGCGUGUGACUGACCAGUCGGUCGUAGAUUGGGGCGUUGCUGUAUGGGGUGACAUCCUGGUGUGCAACCAGCGACCCUCCAUGACCCAACCUGAUCAAACACAUCAUGGCAGAGCGGUGCAGCCAAUGUGUUUACGUGUUCGUGUGUGUAUCCCAUCCUGCUCAACCCUCUCACUCGUUCAACACAGCGUCGCGAACUGAAGCAUGGUCGAGACCUGCAAACAAACGUCCGCAUACACAGCCAGAUGGUCCAUCUCCCUCGCUCCCUCCCUCUCCCUCUCCCUCUCUCCCUCACCUAGAAGCUCACACACGGGGUUGGCCUCGUCGUAUCCGUUGCGGAAGGGGUGGUCGGCCGGCAGCGUCUGCGCUUUGCGGAUGGUGAGCCGAUGUCCAUCCAGCCGCUCCCCAUCGUUGACGCGCUCGAGCUCCAUGCCGAUGUGCCGGCCGAUGAGUGAGAGCUGGCGCACAGCCUCACACCGCCCGUCAAACACCGCCCGGCUGCCCACCCCCUCCACAUCAGCACUCCUCAGCUCUAUCGGCAGCUGCCCGCCUCCCCGCCCCUGAUGCUUGGCCACUCUGACGAUCGGCACCGUCGCCGUCCACUCGCCGCUCUUGUCGAUGAAAUACGCCAGCCGCAGCAGCAGGUCGAGCGAUGUCAGGUCAGCGGAGAGGGUGAUGAUGCCUUCGAGUCCCUUGGCGGCCAGCUGGGCUUCUAUGUGCUCCUUCACCAACUGGGUCACAGCGCUGGUGAUGCUCUCCUUGUCCUGGUCGUCGUUGAUCUGCGACAGGAGUGCCCGCCUGGUGUCCUCCAAGUGGGCCGCUUUGCUGAUCACAAUGGACGAGAGGGGCGGAGGGCUGAGGGUGGGGCGGUCCUGAUCCGAUGAUGACGUCGCCUGAUAGAUAAAACGAACCGACAAGAGACCAAGAGAGCCGUAGUGAUGGGUGGCAAAUGAUAUCUCUGUGACAUUGUGUGCGCCCUUCAUUCACCUGUGGCAGCGGCAAGCCGGCUCCAUGAUCACGAUCAGCAGCAGUAGCGGAUGAAGAUGACGCUGCAGCCGCCAUGGCUAAGUCAAGAACGCCUGAAGGCAAGAAGAUCACGUCAAUUGGAUCAGCAGGGCCAUCCUUAUCAUCUCUCAAUGCUCACCAAAUUGUCCGUGAAUACAGCGUCUCAGUGGAGGCUUCUCAUGAUGCGCU